GACUUCCCUAGGAAAUGGGGAGAGGAAAGCCGGGGGCUUUGACCUCUCUGGCUGCAGCAGAGCUACAAGAAGACUCACAGGAGAGAGCGAGGUAGCAGGGGAAGGGGAAGGGUGGACAGAAAAGACACAUUCUGCCUCUAUUUGGACUCCUCGCUGGAGGACAGAAAGAGUGGAGGCCAUACAGACCGAUAUUCAGUCCCAGAUUUGAUUUUUGAGUGGAGAUGAAACUUCUCAGAGCUCUGAGUGCUCUGCUCUGCUGCUGGUUGUAUUCUGCUCACUCUUUGGAUCCUGGUGGGAGGAACGUCUGCAACAAUCCAAGGAACCCCCCCACCCUGAUCUGUUGCACUGGGUGGCGUCAGCAGGGAAGAGAGUGCACCAUACCUGUGUGUGAAGGUGAGCAGGCAUGUCUGGAGAAUGAAAUCUGUUUACUUCCCGGAGUGUGUCGCUGUCCACCUGGCUUCUACGGAGCUCAGUGUAAAACCCGCUGCCCCUCUGAGUUCUGGGCUCCAGAUUGCCGUCGGGUGUGUCCCUGCUUCCCUCAUGGCCGCUGCCAUCCUGUCACAGGCGAAUGCACGUGCAGCGUCAACCGCUGGGGUCCGCUCUGUCAGAACUCCUGUAAGUGCGCCCGCCACGGUCACUGCCACCCCGUCCACGGAAACUGCACCUGCGCCGAAGGCUGGUCCUCAUCAACCUGCUCUAAACUGUGCCAGUGCUCCAUUGGUGGCUCAGUCGAUGCCAGCUGUGACCAGCUAACGGGCCGGUGUCAGUGCCACAGGGGCUUCUGGGGGAUCAAAUGUUCUGCCAAGUGCAACUGUGACCAGUCUCCGUGUAAUCAGCGCACAGGUGUGUGUGAGUGUGUGGAAGGCUGGUGGGGGACCAGCUGUGAGAGGAAAUGCAUCUGUGACCUCACACACAGCAGCUGUGACCCGGUUACUGGCCAGUGCCUGUGUCACCCGGGUUACCAUGGUUACUUAUGUAAUCAGGCCUGUGAGGCUGGGCGCUACGGCAGCGGAUGCACAAUGAGUUGUGGUCACUGUAAGGACAGCCAGCCAUGCUCCGCCUCUGAUGGAGCGUGUGCGGCUUGUGAACCCGGCUGGAACGGCACACGCUGCGACCGCGCAUGCCCAUUUGGUUUUUAUGGUGAUGGCUGCAAGGAGAAGUGUCCACGGUGUAGGACGGAUGAAUCCUGCCACCCAGAAAGUGGGAAAUGUGAGAAGUGUGAGCCUGGAUGGAGCGGACCCAGAUGUGAACAGCCCUGUGCUGAUGGGACUUACGGAGAUGCCUGCCGCUUCCUGUGCAGCCCUUGUUACCGUGGUAACUGCCAUCACCUGACAGGAAGAUGUGUCUGUCAGCCAGGUUUUCAGGGAGAGAGCUGUAACAGCAGCUGCUCGGCCCUGCAGUUUGGCCUCAACUGUUCGUCCAGCUGUGGCUGUGGUGAAGGCAUCAGCUGCCACCCUGUCACUGGGGCCUGCCCCAACAGUGGUCGAGGUGCCGUGUUAGCCGGCGUGCUGGUUCCCCUGUUCCUGCUGCUUUUUGCAGUGCUGUGUUGUUGUCUGUGUUGUGGAGGAGGCCCUUCUGAUGGCAAGGACAGAGCGAUGGCGGCUGACGGCGGCUUGUCUGUCAGGAUGAAAUAUCACGUUUACAGCGUUCUGGCAAACAUCGGUGCCGCCCUGCCCUGCAUCUCUGACUGGUCGUCUGGACUGCCUCGGGUCACUGGUCAGAACCAUCGUGCAGGAUUUAAAACAUGUUUUAUUUUUUACAUAUUAGCACAAAUAAAAACAGCUUUAAAUACUGCAGGUUGUAGAAUUGUGAAAUUUCAACAUACCUUUAGUUACACCUUUUGUGGGUUUAUUAUCUUGGACAUGUUUUGGGAAUCGCAUCAACGUUUUCUUCCCGAUUCCCACUUAGUGUCUCAUCAUGACCCAGAGCUGACGUUCAACCACAGCUUCAUCGAGCCUCCCUCCUCUGGAUGGGUCACAGAGGGGUCGUCGUUUGAGAGUGAUGAAGAGGAAGGUGAGGCUCUCUACUGCGUCCCUCCACGAGAAGACAUCCUGGAAGUGGCCGGCGGUGAGUUCCAGGAGAUGAGCUCCAAAUGUAACAUGUUCUUGGACCCGUCAGGCUUCAGCUGUGAGGACAUUGCCUCCCCCUUCAACAUCCCUCGCACCUCCAGCAUCGCCAAGUCCAAGCGCCCAUCUGUCUCGUUUGCGGAAGGCACCCGCUUCAGCCCCAAAGAGAGGCGCGGCUCAGGUCAGGACCCCGGUGCUCCUCUGCGCUGCAAAGCUAAGUCUCCCUGGGGGGUUCUGAUGCUGUCAGCCCUCCAAAGUCAGGGAGGCACAGUAAGAACUGGAGAGGAGGAUGGAGCUGAGGGAGAGGAAGAGGACAGCGCGGAUGUCCAAUUGACAGAAAAUCAGGAGUCAAGAGGAGAGGUAGAGGCCCAAGAGUUACAGAGUACCCCAUCUCAGGGGACCGUGCAGGCUCCUGGGUCCUCAGGACGAAGACGGACUAUGUCCAACGCAGCUGCUCGUAAAGGAGCCUCUGAUGGAGAGGCGGGGCUCUCACAUAAGGCCACCACGGUGUACGUGACGGUGGGUAAGGCAGGUCGCGCCGUAACAAAGACAAGUCCUAGCUCUGAGGGACCGGUUCAGGCCAUGCUGAGGAGACUUGGCAGCCUGCAGAGACAGAGGGACCUGGAGAGUGAUAAACCAAAGUCAAAGGCCGCUGAAGGCAUCACCAAACCCCCCAGAAGGAAGCUGGGAGCCCGAGCUGCCGUGUGGGAGCAGGGAGGGCUGUCUGGAGGAGAGGCUGGAGCCUGCAAGCCAUUCAGGAGGAAGUAUGCUUCCCACAAUCCCCCUGAAACAACUGGUCCAGAUGAAGCUUCAGCAUCAGCAGAGAACACCCCCAAACGGCCUCUGUCAUCGAUUCUAAAGAGCAGAGCAGAGGUAGACACCGCUGACUCAGGAUCAGAUCAGAGGGCUGAAGGAGAGGCGGUGCAGGGCGCUGGUGUCGCAGAGAGCUGCUACCAGACCAUAGGAGCAGCAGGAGACACGGUGGAGGUCAUCAUCAACGAGAAUGCGGUGGUAAACAGGACCGACGAACCAUGCUACGAAAACAUCAUAGUGAAAUAAUCAGAACUAAAAAGAACCAAGUCAGCAGGUCUGAUGGGAAUUCAACAGCAUUUUUAUUACAGGCAGCAACAGAAACAUGUCAGAUAAAACUACAGCUGGUGCUUCUGUUAUAUCAGUCAUGGUGUUUGUAUUUAAUUUAGAAAAGCAUGAUCACUAGGUAAAAACUCACAAAUACAGUCUAAUGGAUCAGCUGACUGUUCAGGAAAUCAGCUGAACUUUGAACGUUCUGGACUUUCACUGAUUGCUGCUGUUUGUUGGAGUUGAUGAACAACCAGCAGCGUUACACCAAACGUGAGACACCAUAUUUUAGCCGCACUGAUCUCACACAUUACCACACAGAAACAACAAAAAGGGAACGCAGGUGAAACUACUUUUUCUCUGCUCCGGUUGUGUCUGAACAGCCGAGCCAGUACUUGGCGAUGGAUCUGGGGUACGGUGGCAUAGCGGGAUCCACUCUCUUUGUCCUCAGGUCCACUCUGUAGUAUUUAUCUAGAAACCACAAAUGAGGCAGUCACUUAUUUAUUUUUACUAUAGACUAUGUUUGCUUUACCAAGUCUCUUGACUUUCCUUACUUUUAACUUCAGUCAAAACUUUUUUUUGAAGACUUUUUUUUCCUAAAUCUUAGAAAACAGCCUAGAGGAGCUGCUGCCAUCUUUUCAUGUGAAACUGGUUACUAUAGAAGUCAUCUGUGAUCAGGUUUGGGCUGUCUGCCCUCUGAGCUUCAGCUAACAUAGUUUAAAGUCACGCUGAUAUAUAUUGUUAAUCUUUUGAACAAAGAUGGAGUCAUUCUAUUGUGAUCACUGUUCUGCUGCAAUGAGAAGAUCUGUUUGGAUCUUCCAUUUAAAGGGAUACUAGGCAACCUUUUCACAUUUUUAGAUCAUUUUCAUGAGUCAGUGUGUCCUAAAAUGAGCCUUUACAGGGUUAUUGAUGUGUCACUCCAACCUCCACAGCCCUCUGUGGUCAGAAUAUCACACUUGCAACUUCAGAGUAGCCAGUCUGGUCACUGCUGGUAGAGGGAGCUGUGGAGCUGACAUGGUGGGGCUGGAGUCGGCUUCCAGCACGUUUCUUAUGAUCAUGAUCACAGCUGAUUCGUUUGAUUUAGUGAUGAAUCACGCCUGUAAAAACUAAUGAAGGCUGAGGAGUCAUUUCAGUUGUUAGAUUAAUGGAAUAGCAAAGGAUAUUUUUCUUCCGGGUGGACCAUCUGAACCAUUGGUCCGCUUAAUUGUCAGUCAUUCUGGUGAACCAUUCACGCAAGGCCGUCAUCGUACGUUGCUGGGUAGUUUUCACUUCCUGCGCAAAGCGAAGGUUGGGCUCCCCACAGAUGCCUCUGUCGCCGGUUUUCUGCUGGACAGGUAAGCUAAAGUUCGGCAUACUAUUUGGAGAAAUUCAUUUCAGAUUACUGCUAGAAGAAGAAGUUGGCUGCAAGGCCGACAGCUACUUGUAACAAGGAUAACGGCGUUCUUUCUCAUGCGCAUUUUUUUUUUCCAAAACGAGGAGCGGGCGGUUCUUUACUGAAAUUCAGAAACAUCCUCCGCUAUACCUUUAAGGCGUUAAAAACACGAACGCACAGCGAGGAGAUUUUGAUUUAACCACAGUAAGUUAAUAACGGACACUAGAGGGUGCCUCCCUCUAGUAUGCAUGUGUGUAUCUGACCAAACUAAUGUCCUCUUUGAUGUAAAGUUACAGCGGAUUCCAGCUCACCCAGAAAUGACUCGUAGAAAACACAGUGCUCCUAUUGCCUGCCACUGGAGGGCCGUAAGUGUGCAACCCUUUGCAGAACACUGGGGCUAUGAUGUAUUUCCAUAAUUGGCUCUGUGUGGCCUCUAAGAAAUGAAAUGUUGAGUUAACUUAACCAAGUUAUGUCAACUGGUUCCACUAGUAGCUUAAACGUGAAGAGGAAUUGACACAACAACUAGUGGAACCAGAUGGCGUAACUUGGUUAAGUUAAUUCAACAUUUCAUUUCUUACAGUGUAUACUCUUCUAUAUUUCCAUUGCUCUGUAGGUCACUGCUUUGAUAGCUACAUUUUUGCUUUCCAUUAAUCAUAAAUGGCCCCUAAAGAAUCUUUGUGUCAGACUAACUAUGUGAACUCGUUAUGGUCAUAGAGGGUCAUGAUAGCAUUUAGCAUUAGGUCUGUCAGUGAUGUGGGUGAAUGAAUACCGAUGUGUAACAGUUCAUAUCCAUCGCUGCUGUUUUACCUGCUUUGAAGAAGUAGACGCUCUGUAUGGGCAUGUCCCUCAGGAAGGACCGGUCGUUUCUGGAGUCAUAGUUCCCUCUGUUGUUCUGGUUGUAACGGUCCCAGCGUCUGUCCUGGUCCCAGUCCUGGUCCCAGCGCCUGUCCCAGUCUCGACCAAGCCUGUCCUCCAUUUCCAUCCUCCUUUCUGCAAGUCUCAUACCCAUCUCCAUCCCCCUCUCAGCAAACCUCUGACCCAUGUUCAACCCCUGCUCAGCCGCAGACCCCCAGUGGGGUGAGCGGUUCCACCUCCUCUGACCCCUCUGCCACCCGUUCUGCUGCCCCCACUGCCGUCCACCUCCCUGCUGGUCAGGCUGGUAGUCGUAGCGGCGGGGCAUUGACCUCCCCGUAGUGAUGUAGAUUCGGCCACUCAUGGCAGCAUCCACCGGAGACUUGAGGCCUUUCCAGUCCUUGUUGAUGAAGUGGUGUUUGUCAUGGUGCUGAGGUACUGAGGAAGAUCCAGAAGGUGAAAAUGAAGACUGCAUUCAUCAACAAACAACUUCUGUAGGAGCUCAAACUUACAGUCAGAGAAGAGCUCAUGAAAGAAACGCUCGUAAUUGUUGUAGUACAGAUCAGUGUAGCGCCUGAACAAGGCAGACGGAGAUCUCUCAGACAUGACGGCGCACUCCUCAUGGGACGGUUGGUGCAGAAACUCAUAAACGUAAUACUGAUCAUCUGCACAAAUCAGCAGCAAAACGGCUGUUAAACCUCUACGGAAACAAGUCUCUGAUCAUAUUUUAGCAUAAAUAUUCAGAGCUCUACAGAAAGAGGUGCAAAUUAGAACAUAUCUGACUUUUGAAGAAGUAGACCUUCUCUUUCCCGUGGUGGCUGUGAGCAGGCAGUGCAAACGCUGCAUCCACAUGAUCAGGAAUCUUAUCAAAGCCAACGCUGAUGUCUCGAGGAUAAUCAUCAUCCAGCUCGUUGUUGUCAAACCUCCAGUACUUGUUUCCCU